CUUUAUUGUAUAGAAUCUGGUGUGUGUGCCUUUUCCCUCAACUUUUUCAGCUCAGCCUGCCGCUGCUGUUAUUUAGGCACAGAGAAAGGAAGUAGCGACAGGCUAGCUGGUUAGCCGGUCUGAAAUCACACCGCCUGCGAGGAAGGAGGAAUUUUUAUCCCCCCAAACGAUUCUUUGCUGUUUAAUGAGCGCGUUUAAGUGGUCUUCGCGUUUCCCUCUCUUUCAUUUCAGGUUCUUUUCUCCUCGGAUUGAAACCUUCAAACUGAUUGAGCUUUGUCUGUUUGGGACUUCACCGUUCUUAGCCUGCGUGCUGUAAAUCAGCCUUAUUUUCACCAGAGGAGAAAGGAUAGGGGGAAGAAGAGUAGAUUAUUAUUUUGUUUUAUUAUUAUUAUUUGUCAGCAGUUGGUUGAAUCGCGGGGAAUGCUUUUGAGGAUUACACCGCGACGAUGAGAAAAACAGACGGCAAAGGUGCUGCGUAGUGAGAGAGAAGCGGUGUGUGCGGCAUGCUGAGGCCACACCCCCUGGCUCAGAAUGAGUGUCAGAGAUGGCGCUGCCAACAUGGCAACGACUGCAGGUGGGGGAGGCGGGGGAGGCGGGCAAGUUAACCCUGUCGAUCAGGAUGGCCGCUCAUACACGCUCCAGAUCUAUCCGAGGUUGGCUGCUUACCCAUCCACCUGCUGCAACCUCAAAGUGCAGAAGGAUGCAACGGCUGCUUCGGUGAUCUCGGACGCCGCUACGGCACUGGGGCUGGACCCCAGACGCCUGUACGUGCUGGCAGAGGUGAAGGAAUGUGGUGGGGAAGAGUGGGUGCUGGAGGCCGGAGACCUGCCGGUACAGAGGUUCCUGCUGUGGCCUCGAAAAGCACAGGAGCAACACCCUCAGAGCCUUGGCUUUUACUUCUUACUACAGGAGAGGAAUUGUGAUGGCUCAAUCCGUUAUGUCCACCUCCCGAUGUUGUCCAAGGAACAGGAGGCACAGCGGCUCGCUGCCAGGGGCUUCCUUCCCCCUCCCCAGGAUGAUUUUGCAGACCUCUGCAACCUCCCCGUCCUCAAUGAGGACAGCAUAUUAAACAACUUGCGCACACGGUUUCACAAGAAAAAGAUCUAUACCUAUGCAGGGAGCAUCCUCAUCGCCAUCAACCCCUUUAAGUUCCUGCCCAUCUACAACCCUAAGUACGUCAAGAUGUACGAGAACCACCAGCUGGGCAAACUGGAGCCUCAUAUUUUUGCUAUCGCAGAUGUGGCCUACUAUGCUAUGCUCAGGAAGAAGGUCAACCAAUGCAUUGUCAUCUCUGGGGAGAGUGGCUCAGGCAAGACCCAAAGUACCAACUUCCUGAUCCACUGUCUGACUGCUCUCAGCCAGAAGGGCUACGCCAGCGGGGUGGAGAGGACCAUCCUGGGUGCUGGACCAGUUCUGGAGGCCUUUGGGAACGCCAAGACAGCCCACAACAACAACUCCAGCCGCUUUGGCAAAUUCAUCCAGGUUAAUUAUCUGGAGAGCGGCGUGGUCAGAGGGGCAGUGGUGGAGAAGUACCUCCUGGAGAAGUCUCGUCUGGUCUCUAGGGAGAAGAAUGAGAGGAACUAUCACGUGUUUUACUACCUGCUGCUGGGCGCUUCAGAGGAAGAACGAAAGGAGUUCAAAUUGCUGCCGCCUGAAGACUAUUUCUACCUCAAGCAGCAAAAUUUUAAGAUUGAAGAUGAGGAAGAUUUGCGUCACGAUUUUGAACGGCUGCAGCAGGCGAUGGAAAUGGUCGGCUUCCUUCCUGCCACCAAGAAACAGAUCUUUUCUGUGCUCUCCGCCAUCCUGUACCUUGGCAACGUGACCUACACGAAGAAGGCAACGGGCCGAGAUGAAGGCUUGGACGUGGGCCCACCAGAGGUCCUGGCAACCCUCUCUGACCUACUAAAGGUUAAAGAGGAGCUGCUGGUGGAGGCGCUGACUAAGAGGAAGACGGUGACGGUCAACGACAAGCUGAUCCUGCCCUACAGACACUCUGAGGCCAUCACAGCACGAGACUCUAUGGCCAAAUCUCUGUACAGCGCCUUAUUUGACUGGAUUGUCCUGCGCAUCAAUCACGCACUGCUCAAUAAGAAAGACAUGGAGGAGUCUGUUCCAUGCUUAUCCAUCGGUGUCCUGGACAUUUUUGGCUUCGAGGACUUUGAGACAAACAGCUUCGAGCAGUUUUGCAUCAACUAUGCAAACGAGCAGCUGCAGUAUUACUUCAACCAUCACAUCUUCAAUCUGGAGCAGGAGGAGUACCAAGCAGAGGGCAUCACCUGGCACAACAUCGACUACAUAGACAACGUGGGCUGCAUCCAUCUCAUCAGCAAGAAACCCACUGGCCUGCUCUACCUCCUGGAUGAGGAGAGCAACUUUCCACAUGCCACAGAUGAGACUUUAUUAGCCAAAUUCAAGCAGCAGCACCAGUGCAACAAAUACUUUGUCCCCACGCCGGUCAUGGAGCCCGCCUUCGUCAUCCAGCACUUUGCUGGGAAAGUAAAAUAUCACAUCAAGGAUUUCCGGGAGAAGAACACAGACCACAUGCGCCCGGACAUUGUGGCGCUGCUGCGGAGCAGCGACAGAGCGUACGUGCGGCAGCUCAUAGGCAUGGACCCGGUGGCCAUGUUUCGAUGGGGCAUCCUGAGAGCUACGAUCAGGGGCCUCGCUGCUUUCAACGAGGCCGGUCGCACCUGGGCAGCAAAAACUGCAGGUGUUAUCCGUCCAGUCACCAGAACUCCUUUAGGAGAGCUUCAGCGGUGCAAUACCGCAAUAGAAAGAAUGUACAAAAACAUGCAUGCAGAGAUCAUCAGCUCCAUUAAGAACUUGCAGCUGGAUGGUGAGGACCCUCGCAAACUGCUGCAGUCCUGGGGUCGCCUCCGCUUCCCGCGACACGUCCUUCAGAAAAACAAGGGCAUCAAAAUAAGGCAACCCAUCCCAAAGAGUUUGCUGGAUUCUCGAUCUCUAAAGUUCAUCGUGAGCCUGACGUUGCAGGAUCGCACUACCAAGUCUCUGCUCCACCUGCACAAGAAGAAGAAGCCUCCCAGCAUCAGUGCCCAGUUCCAGACUUCUCUGACCAAACUCUUAGAGACUCUAAACAGAGCCGAGCCUUUCUUCAUUCGGUGUAUCCGCUCCAAUGCUGAGAAGAAGGAGAUGCAUCUGGAUGAAGCCUUGGUGCUGCAGCAGCUGCGAUACACGGGUAUGCUGGAGACCGUUCGCAUCAGGAGGUCCGGCUACGGAGCCAAGUACACAUUCCAGGACUUCAUGGAGCAGUUCAGGGUUUUGCUGCCAAAGAACGCGACUGCCUGCAAAGAGGACAUCUCAGCGCUGCUUGAGAAGAAGAUGGGCCUCAACCCGACCACAUACCAGAUAGGCAAAACAAAGGUGUUCUUGAAAGAGCUCGAGCGACAGCAGCUGCAGGACGUGCUGCACAAGGACGUAAUGCGCAAGAUCAUCUUCCUUCAGCGCUGGGUCAGAGCUCACCUGCAGAGGAAAGAGUUUCUAGAGAUGAGGCAGGCGGCCGUCACGAUCCAGCGUUCAUGGCGUCGGUACCGCAGAGAGGAGCAAAGACGGCAGGCGGCCACUCUGAUCCAGGCGGUGUGGAGAGGCCACAGACAGAGAUCGGCGUACGCCAAGCAAAGAAGAGGCGCUACCAAAAUCCAGGCCCUGGUCAGAGGACACUCUGCACGCAGAAGGUGCCUUUCAAUCCGUGAGGAGAAACGGAAGAAAGAGGAGGAGGAAGAAGAGGCUCGGAGGAGGGCUGCAGAAGAAGAGAGGAUAAAAGCAGAAGAGGAGCAAAGGCGAAGAAUGGAAGAAGCAGCAAGGAGAAGGGCAGAAGAGGCAGCCAGGAAAGCAAAGGAGCAACGACUUGCAGAGGAACCUCAAACGAGAGAGGACUCGGAUAUAGAGCUGGUCACUGAGGAGAUGCUGGAUAAAAACCUCAAUGCACAGGGUUUAGAGGAGGAAGAGGAGGGUGAAGAUGUUAAUAGAAGUUCAAAUUCAGAGGAAGAACGUGGCAAAGAGAAAGAGCUGGAGCGUGAGGCAAUGCAUUCGGAAGCUUGCGGUAACCAAGCUGAGGCUGGACCCCAGCUGGAUGAGGAGGAGGAGGAUCUGGAGAGCCAAACACUAGAAGAGUCAAAGGCUGAUCUGCCCUCUGAUAGGCUCAUCUCCAGUGCACUUACGCCCACAUCUCCAGCUGAGGGCGAGGAUAAAGAAGCUAGCACAACCUCCACACCUCCAAACGCUGAACAAAAGAGACCACAAUCUUCGACUGUUAACAGGGGCCUGUCAACCAGGAGCCAGGAGAAGAGGGAGCAGAGGAGGCAAAGAGGGCUGGAACACAGCCGCAGGGAGUCCGAGCGAGUCGCCUCGUCUUCAUCCACCAACAAGGAUCCCACGACCACGCCGAAGAGCAAAAACCAGGAGCCAUCGAAGCUAAAAGAGCGCUCAGACAGCAAGGAGCUGGACCAGUACACCUUUGUGAACUGGAAAGUGAAGGAAGACAAGGGAGCGAAGAAGGAGGCAAAAAGUUCUCCUCCCUCCGCCGGUCCUGUCCGUCCGUCUUCAUUACCUCUGGCGCCCGCCGACUCUUUGUCGGAGAGAAACGGCCUCAGCGAGAAUGUCGGCGCGGUAAAUCUGCAGCGUCGGCCUGGGGCGAUAAAGGAGAAGCCGGAAAAGUGGAGGGGGAGGAGGAGUAACGGGGAGCUCUCUGAGAACAUCAGCCCUUCUCCACCUCAAAGCAGAGAACAGACCAAAAAGCUGAAUGAAACAUUCUCGUCGAUCGACAGCUUGUCUCCCGGCUCUGAUGCCGGCGCUUCCAUCAAAGAGCUUUCCCCGACUGACAGCUCUGGUGAUGUUUCAAAGGGAGGCUCCGUGAGAAAGAGACAGCAGGAGGCUGCCGGGUACCAGGAUUCAGCCCACUCAGUCGCAUCCACACCUGACAGGCCCAGCGGUUUCUUCAGCAAAAUCUUUAAAAAAGGCAAAGAUGCCCAGACUCCAGACAACGGGGAGCUGACCUUCGCUCAGACUCUCAACGAGAAGUCGACCGCAUGGGAAGCCCCGAUAUCCGGACACGCGCCCCGAUCUCAAUCCGGUGACCGUGGCGGCAAAGCUAUAGGCAGAAAUCCCAGCAUUAAAAUCAGCCGAGCCACACGAGUCUCUGAACAGUGGAAUGCCUCGCUGGAUCGAGAAAUCACCAACGCCAACGAGCUGCGGCACCUCGACGAGUUUCUGGGCAACCAGGUGAACGAUUUCCGCUCCAGGAGCAAGACGCUGUCAGAGACGGAAAACAUCUUUGUGACAGCCACCAUGCAGUUCAGAGAGAACAUCAAAGCCAUGUAUUCUCUUCCUAAACCCACCAUCGGCUACAAAGGUCUAAUGUCAGGCUACCAGAACAAAGUGAUGCACCUGGCAGGGAGCAAAAGGAAGGAAGAAGUCCAACUGGUGGUGAACCUGUUCCAGUCGGUGCUGGAUGGUUUCAUCAGAGGAGAGAUGAAGAAGGAGGAGGCUGAACCUGCAAAGCCCGCCAAAGCGAGAAAGAAGAGGAGGAAGAAAGACAAAAGUGUGGAAAAUCCGCUGGAUCACAUUUUCAGUAACUAUCAGGUCAACAUUAUGCAGUCAUGUGACCAGUGUACUUCCUACAUCUGGGGCAUGGAGAAGGCCUACAUGUGCAGCAAUUGUAAAAUGGUGUGCCACAAGAAGUGCAUCUCCAAGAUAAACACCGACUGCUCCACCUUCUCUGCCAAAAAGAAUGAUGACGAGUUUACCGGGCAGCACUUCGGGGUGCGUGUGUGUCACCUGCUCAAUGAAAAGAAUCCGGUACCGAUGGUGCUGGAAAUGAUGCUGGAGCACGUGGAGAUGCACGGCCUCUACACGGAGGGCAUCUAUCGCAAAUCGGGCUCUGCCAACCGGAUGAAAGAGCUUCACCAGAAACUGGACACAGACCCCAACUCGGCCUGCCUCGAAGACUAUCCCAUCCACACAGUGACAGGCUUGGUAAAGCAGUGGCUGAGGGAGCUGCCAGACCCACUGAUGACCUUCACACAUUACAACGACUUCCUGCAUGCAGUCGACCUUCCAGAGAAGCAGGAGCAGCUUCAUGCCAUCUAUAAAGUGCUGGACGAGCUCCCGACUGCAAAUUACAACACCUUGGAGAGGCUCGUCUUCCACCUCGUCAGGGUGUGCAAAGAAGAGGCUCACAACCGCAUGUCUCCCAACUCACUGGCCAUAGUGUUUGCACCGUGCAUCCUCCGCUGCCCGGACAGCGCAGACCCACUGCUCAGCAUGAAAGACGUUGCCAAGACAACCACAUGUGUGGAGAUGCUCAUCAACGAGCAGAUCCGGCGCUACAACGAGAAGAUGGAGGAAAUCGAGCAGCUGGAGUACGCCGAGGCUCUAGCCGUUAACCAGCUGAAGCUCAAGAGGCAGAACACGCACUACUGGCGUUUACCGCUCAGGCUACCAGCUCCUUACAAAGGAGCGGUGAUGCACGAGAAGGUCAGCACUGAUCUGAGCGUGGUCCCCGAGAACGAGCCUCUGGAUUCGGACACGGAGGCCGAGAAGAACCUGAUGGAACGUAUCAAGUCCAUCAAACAGGAGAAAGAGGAUCUUGCCUGUCGCCUGCCAGAGAUGGAGCAGCCUGGUUCAGACCAGGAGAAUCUCGACUCCGAAGCCUCGCUGAGCUCUGAGAGCCUCUUGGACGAGCAGCAGCGCUCGGCUCACAGCUCGGAGCCUGAAGGACGCGGUGCUCAUCAGCUGAGGAGAUCCAAACCGCUUUGUCUUCCCAGACCUUCAGAUCUGACCCAGAGGCCUAAAGUCCCCGGUGGACGCAUCUCUGUGUCGACCCUCACCCCUGCUAGCUCCACCUCUUCUUUGGCCAGCUGCACUUCUUCAACUUCUGAAUCCUCCAACGCCUCCUUCAGGCAUCCGCUUCAGCGUCGCAACCCCAUCAUCCCAAACACGGUUAAACUCCCGCAGGGAGUCUGCUCCCAGGCGCCAACCUCGAGUCCACCUCAGUCUCACGCCCCUCCCGGAAGCCGAGCGCCCGCCUUCUCGGUCAAGAGACGAGAGCAGCCCGGCCGCCGUAAAGACAGCACCCAGUCCCUUUACCUCGACGGGUCAGAGUGCGACUUGCUGCUGCGUUUUUCUUCCUGUCCUCCUUCAGCUGCCUCUUCCUCUUCUUCCGUCUCCACGGCUGCGCCCACUCCUCAGCUCCAGCACAGCGACACGAAAGUCUCAAACGUCCACAGACGGUUUUCUGACCCGGACAUCCCGUACAUGGAUGAUGAAGUCUGAGCGGGGAGGAGCACAAACGACUGGAGAGGUGAAGAGGAUUAAGGACGGCGACCCGCAAGCAGACAAACAAAACGAAUUCAACCGCUCUCGGAUUCGACGCAGCAGAGCGCUCGGACAGGCUGGAACUUGAUGUGUGUAAAGGAAAGGAGAGACGCGACGCAGGCGCAGCUGCUGCGGCUGCACAUGCAUGAACCCAGCUCGCACAAACUGCAGCUGCUGCUGUCUGAGGGAACUAACGUGUCGUUAGUCAAAAGGACUGGACCACAUGUUGCCAAGCACCUUUUCAAUCUUUUUAAUAUGUUGUCCUCACUGUUGAUUACUUCAGUGGGACCAGAGGCAGUUUCCUCCCGUAGCCUCAUAAUGAUUUUUUUAUUAAUUUGUGCUAAUUCAAGAAAAUAUUGCAGGUUUCAGUCGCACUUUUCAUUUCUUAGUUCUCCCAGUGAGUGAAACCCGCUCGCUGAAACGUUAGCUAGUGCCUUGAUGUUGUACAUUGACUUGUUAAAAAGCUCAUUCUCAUGUCACGAUGAUGGAACGGUGCUCGCAGAGGGAGGGAUGUGUUUGUCGUGGAAAACAAGGACCUAAACCUGCACAUUGUGACUGUUGCACACACACAGCAUUCUCUGUUCGCCUUCAUGUUUUACCCGCCGCACAACACACCAAAUAGGAAGUCAUUGCAUUCACGCAGCAAAGGGAACGGGAGCAGCACACGCCACUUUCUCCACGGAAACCCACACAAACCCAGCCACGAUCCAAGAGCGGUGCCACCGCGUGUCCUUGAACUUCCCCUCCUCUAAAAUCACUCGGUCCCAUUAUUAGAAAAGUCUGCUGAAGCACAGCUCCGGCCAACUUUGUAUGAGAUGUAAUACUAAUGUUCCUCUCUGACUGCUGAUGAUGAUGAUGUAUGAUGAUGUUAGUUCGUCUGGAUUAUGAGGAAGAUGUUCUGAUGUGUAACAGAGUGCAUGGUGACUUUGACUGAAUGAGCUGUAAUGUUUCUUAGUAUUAACAUGAAAAUACAGUACAUGAUGCUUGUAA